CAUAGAUCUACAGGAUAAAUUAGAUACGUAUGAACUGUUUGGGAUUUGCCCAGCAGAUUGCAUUUUCAUACCGGCACACUUCAAGAUAAAUAACUAGAGUAACAUUUCCUUGAGAGAAAAAAAAAACGUAUUAUAAGCAUUGCGAAUAAGAGCUCUGUAUCAGUCGUCAUGUUCACGGGUUUCCACUGUUUGUACUAGGGUGCAGUCUUCGUGACUAGGGCAUAUUUCGCUCACUCGGUUUCCGGGUUAAAUCCAUGCUAUAUUUAGUGUGCUACUAUACUCGCUCAGUAGCUCUGCGGUGGGUGGGUACAUAUACCCCAGUACACGGGGCGUCGUUUUUUUUUUGUCUGAUACAAUAAGUUAAACAUUUUUGCUUAAUGUAUAUUGGUUGGGGUAGAAUUUCUAAAUUUAUUGCAACCAAUUUUGCCCGCUAAUUAAAACAGGUUAGCUAAAAGUAGCGAACGUCGUGUUCUUAUCCGUUGGGCGGUGGCAACAGACCAAAGGUUUUUUUUUUUUUUUUUUUUUUUUUUACAUAAUGACAUUGCCGAGCGGUUAUCUCAUGACUUUCAAGACCAACCUACUUUUCCCUUUACACUUCCUUGUGACCAAACUCUUUUUGCUUGUUGUCGGAAAACUAUAUGCCAAAUUCCAUAAAGCAGGCGAUAUAUGAUUAUAAUCGCGAUGUAUUUAUCGCUUUAAACAGAGUGGGGGCUUUUUGUUUCAUUCUCGAGGUGACGUGUCAGUAAAUCCACACCCACAGCAAAUACCGCGUGCUGUAAGACCGCCUUCUUCAACCACGUGCGCGCCAGACAGCCCCCCCCUCCCCAGGUCACAACUGGGGAGAAAAUAGGGCAACGCCACCCUCUCUCAAUGCAGAAGUUAUAUAAUGUGCAUUUUACAUGCAUAUCCAAAGGAGGAGCAGAGAGAGAAGGCCCUGCUGUCCCGUGAGGCUGAGCAGAAGCUCUCCGCCCCCAUUAUCCAGUCUGUCCAAGUCAACCAUGUGACCUGGGCAGAAGACAUGCGGCUUGAGUCGCACCGCCACCACCAGCACCACCCUCCAGUCCCGCCCCCUCCCCUCCCAGCACCUGUUCCCAUAGCUGUCAUUCCCAUCCCGGUGGUCCCUGCCAAACCUGCAGCCCCUCCCAUUCAGACUGCUUCGUCCCUUCACACAGCCUCCCCAAUGCCAGUGGUCACAUCCUUGGCCACAGCCUUGUCCCCACCAGCAGCCCCUCUCCUCAGCCCCAAUGGCAAGGAUGCCCACUCAUCUCCGCAGCAGCAACAUCGUCACUUGAUUGCACAUGUAAAAACAGAAAUUAACAGCUUGCCUCCUUCGAAUAACGGUCCCAAACAGCAACAACCACAACAGACGCAGACACUGCUGCAGCCGUAUCCAGCCCCCAUCAUCACAGCCCAGCACCCACCACAGCAACACGCCCUUCUGUCCCAGCCAGCACUACCCCAACCUCAGCCCACGCCAGCCCAGGUUCAGGCAGGCCAAUCACCCAGACCUAAUGGAGCCACUGUGGAAGAUCCACGCAACCUGGACGGGAAAAGGAGACCUGGAGGAGCUGGAACUCGAGAAGUUCACAACAAGCUGGAAAAGAACAGACGAGCACAUCUAAAAGAAUGUUUUGAAACCCUCAAGAGGAACGUUCCUAAUGUGGAUGAAAAGAAAACUUCCAAUUUGAGUGUCCUAAGGAGUGCCCUCCGCUACAUCCAGACAUUGAAGCGGAAAGAAAAGGAGUAUGAGCACGAGAUGGAGCGCUUGGCGCGGGAGAAGAUCGCCACUCAGCAGAGACUCGCGGAGCUGAAGAAUGAGUUGAGCCAGUGUAUAGACAUCAUGGAGAUUGACAGGAUACUCCGACAAACUGUCCAACCCGAAGAUGAUCAGGCCUCCACAUCAACAGCAUCAGAGGGUGAAGACGACUUCGACCAAGACGUAGAAGAUGACAUCCUCUCCUCCCCACCCUCGUCUUCUGUGCCCAAACUGCCAGCACCGGCACUGUCGGAGCCCCGCGUUGCCAUGCCUCCACCCUCCAUCCUCCCUACGCACAUUUCCAUACAACACAAACCCACCACCCCACCCUCUGCUCCGCCCAGCCAACCACAGCCAGCGGUGGUCACCCCUCAAGCCAUCGCCCCUGCACCACCUUCCCACAUCAUCUCCCCUCCUCAGCCAACAGUCAUCACCCAUGCCUCUGUUUCCCAUGCGUCUGUCAUCCAGGCCGUAAAUCACGUCAUCACAGCUGGGCCUAAACAUCUGGCGCAUAUUGCGCCCUCUAGUGCCGGCCAGCCAAUUGGACACAUCACAGUGCAUCCCGUGGCCCACCUCCCUGCAGCCAUUUACCCGCAGUCAGUGGCCGUAUCGCAACCUGCAAUGGUGGGUCACAUCACGCACACAUUGGCACACCACCCGCACACUCACACCCAAGUUAACGGCACACCUGUCACAGGCCAGCAGGCCACCAUGGUGGGAAAACCCACAGCCGUGGUCGCUCACCAUCACACUGGGCUGGUGGGCCAGACGGUGCUUAAUCCAGUGACUAUGGUAACUGUUCCUCCUUUUCCUGUCAGCACACUAAAGCUGGCCUGAGAGAAAAGAGAGGGUGUGCAGAAAGACUUAAAUGAAAGGAGGUCUCACAUAAGCGAGAGCAAGAUAGAUGGUGAUCUAGUCGCUAAAAGAACGACUAGAUCCCAGUCAGAAAUUCACUACUGUUGCUCAUACACGCUGGGACCUUGUCAGGAUCGGAGCGUGUCCUAGAAGGUGCUUGCGUGUCUUUUGCCAUGCAGCGUUGGAAUGAAAUACAUGUAAUGCACUUGUUUAACUAAAUUCAAAGAAAUUGGGUGUCAGUCUUUAGUAAUGUGAGAGUGGAGUGCUAAAACAAAUCAAUUCUUUCUUCUCUUUAUCUCUAUCCUUUUUCUGUAUGCAAAUUCUCAUGCUUUACAUUCAUUCACCAAAAAAAAAAUUCACAACGUUAAUCAAAAAACGAGUGCUUAAAGGUCAAUACUGGAAGCAUGAGGAGAAAAAUAAACGUUUACUGUGUAACCAUAUUUUUAGGGGCUUUGAAACUUUUCAAACGGGGCUUUUGAAUAAAAACAGGUACAUUCAAAAUCAGAUUCCUCAAAGUGACUUUUUGUGAGCAAAUAUAAGUGCCUAAGCCCCAAUUCAAGCCCAUUGGCGCCACCUGCUGUCUACGCAAUGUAACAAUAUUGCUGAAUAUGAAGCGCAAGCGCACAAGACUGCCAUGAUCUGACCUAGUCGCAUACAUCUGCUGGCGCUCACGAGAGUCUUAAAAAUGUUGAGGCGAGACGAAUGGUUUAUAAAGAAACUCAACUAAUAUACAGUUCAACAUCUGAGAAAGACCUGUAUGCAGACAUGUAUUUGAAAGUACAUUCAAGCAUUUAUAACUUCCAGCAAGUGCUUAUAUAUUUAACACAAUAACAAGUAAUACUUGAUUAACGUUUCAAACUAUUAAAAAUGUUACGUACGGCGUGUGACACCGCGUCAUGUCGGGCAUUUGCGUUUCUUUAAAGCAGCAGCAUUAUCAUGUUCUCGUGCUUGUAGCAACACGUUGUAAAACGUCAGAUUAAGUCUUAGAAUACGUUAACGUAAAUCAAUCUUGUCCGUCACACGUUCGUAGAUGGCUUAAUGCGCGCGAACUUGUCCAGUAUGGAUCGAUGCCGUUGUGUCCAUUCUACGCUCAUAGCUGCACGUCCAUUCUCAUUUUUAUGCGUGAUUUGUGUAAAUUGUCGUGAAGUAGGCGCUUGUUUAUAAGCAUCUUAGGAGGUUAAACGAGCUGUUUUCUGUUUCAAACAUUGACAUCAGGACAAAAAGCCCCUUUACCAAUAGCAGUGCGCUUCUUAAAGAUAUAGUUCACCCAAAAAUGAAAAUCCUGUCAUCAUUUACUGACUCUCAAAUUGUUCCAAAACCUAUGCGUUUCUUUCUUCUGCUGAACACAAAAGGAGGUAUUCUGAAGAAUGAUGUUAACCAUUGACCAAACAUAAGAUGGGCCUGUUGACUUCCAUAGUAUUUUUUCCCUUCUAUGGCUACAGUUAACUGUCUGUUUACCAACAUUUUUCAUAUAUUCUUUUGUGUUCAGCAGAAGAAAGAAACUCAUACAGGUUUGGAAGAACACAAGGGUGAGUAGAUGACAGAAUUUUCAUUUUUGGGUUAACUAUCCCUUUAAAGUCGGCCUGUCAUUCUCAGUGCACUCGUUUGGUUGAACCUGCACAAAGUUACCAUCUUACCGUUUCCCUAUGUAAACUUGAUGGUUUGCUGUUGAUGGUUUGGUACACCAUAUUGUUGCUUUAUACUGUCACUUUCAAACGGAACACUGUGAUUCCUGCUCUUAACAUCCUCUUCCUGCUGCAAAUGCCCCAAAUCCAAGGUUUGGAUUUUCUGUUGUACUUCCUUUUUCUUUUUGGGGGAUGUGAAGAUGAAAUGAUACAAUCUAUGCUUCACACUCAGUUAAAAGCAAACAAACAAAAAAACAAAAAAAAAUAGACUAAACUUUGUGAAAUUUAUUAGUGUGUUUUUGUUUUUCAUUUUUUUUAAUAUAUGUGUAUGGAUGUAUGUAUAUAUGUGAGGUAUAUGCACGCAUUCACAUAUAUGUGUAUGUAUUUUAGGAUUAUACUGAUGCCUGGUUUUGCAUGUAGAUUGCAGUUUUUGUUUGUUUGUUUGUUUAAAUGUUAAUCCCUCCCCUUAUUUCAUUUUUGGGACCAUGUUUCAUACUGUAUGAUGUGGACGGGACCGUUAGACCUCAUUCUACAUUGAUAUUAUAUAUAAAUAUAUGAAAAACUGCAUUUUCCCUAUGGAGAAAGUUUAAGUUAUAUAUCGCCUGUACAUUUUGGGCUGCAUUAAGAUCGAAUUGUCCACCAUGUUUAACUGAAAUAGUAAUAAAACUUAUUAAAUAUGCUAGAUUACUACAAAAAACAAUGACGAUUCAUAAUAAAUCUUAUGACAUUUACAAA